AUGUCGGUGUGCGAAAUCGAAACCUCGGAAACGUACGAAAAGGGCAAACCGAAGAGAGGCGGUUUGUCCGACCCUCGGAUGGGGACCAUGGACAGAGGGACGGUGUGUGAAACGGACGGGGCGGAUUCGGUGCACAAUCCGGGGUAUUUUGGACACUUGGAGUUGGCGAAACCGGUGUAUCAUCACGGAUUUUUAAACGUCGUGUUGAAGGUUUUGAGGUGCGUGGGAUAUUCUUCGUCGAGAAUUUUGUUGGAUCCGGAAACUGACGCGAGGUUUAACCAAAUCAUGCGGAUUCAGAACCCGAAACAUCGAUUAAAGAAAUUGACGGACGCGUGCAAGACCAGGACGGAGUGUCCGCACACCGGGACGGCGCAACCGUCGUAUCGGUGCGAAGGGAUGAAGAUUACCGCGAACUUUGAGAAGUGCGACGAGGAGUUGUUGCCGGACGGUGGGGAGAGGAAAGUGGUGAUUACCGCGGAGAAGGCGUUGCAGAUUUUGAAGAAUAUUUCGGACGAAGAUUGUAGAUUGCUGGGAUUAGACCCAGAACACGCGAGACCGGAUUGGUUCAUUUUGCAAGUCAUGCCGAUUCCACCGCCGCCGGUGAGACCGUCGGUAUCCUUCGAUGCCUCGACGAGAAGCGAGGAUGAUUUGACGGUGAAAUUGAUGGAGAUUGUUCGAACGAAUAAGAACUUACAGAGACAAGAACAAAACGGGGCGCCGGCGCACGUGGUGGAUGAGUUUGCCGAGUUGUUGCAAUAUCAUAUCAUGACCUUCAUGGAUAACACGGUGGCUGGGCAACCGAGAGCGAUGACGAGAUCGGGGAGACCGAUUAAGAGUAUUUCGGAACGUUUAAAAGGGAAAGCCGGGAGAAUUCGAGGGAACUUGAUGGGGAAGCGCGUUGAUUUUUCCGCGAGAACGGUCAUCACGCCCGAUCCAAACUUGAUGUUGGAUCAACUCGGCGUUCCGUGGUCGAUUGCUUUGAAUAUGACGUACCCGGAAACAGUUACGCCGUACAACAUCGACGAGUUGACGAGAUUGGUGGAGAAUGGACCGCACCCACCGCCGGGGGAAACGGGCGCCAAGUACAUCAUUCGCGAAGACGGCCAACGUUUGGAUUUGCGAUUUUUGAAGAAAGCGUCGGAGAAGAAGUUGGAGUUUGGGUAUCGCGUUGAAAGACACAUGAAGAACGACGACGUGGUUUUGUUUAACCGUCAGCCGUCUUUGCACAAAAUGAGUAUCAUGGGACACAGAGUGCGCAUCAUGCCGUACUCGACGUUUCGUAUGAACAUCUCCGUGACGCCUCCGUACAACGCCGAUUUCGAUGGCGAUGAAAUGAACAUGCACUUGCCGCAAUCGUACGAAACGAGAGCGGAAGUUGCCGAGUUGAUGAUGGUACCGAAAAUGAUCGUAUCUCCGCAAGCGAACAAGCCGGUUAUGGCCAUCGUGCAAGAUACGCUUUUGGGGUGCCGAAAAAUGACUUCUCGAGAAACGUUCAUCAAAAAAGACGUGUUCAUGAACAUCAUCAUGUGGUUGGAAAACUGGGACGGGAAAGUGCCGAAACCAGCGAUUUUGAAACCAGAGCCGUUGUGGACCGGGAAGCAAGUGUUAUCGAUGAUGCUUCCGCACAUCAACUUGAUUCGCACGUCCUCGUGGGCCAGAGACGCGGAUGAUUUAGAUUUCAGCGUAGACGAUACCGGGGUGAGGAUCGAACGAGGCGAAUUAAUUACCGGUACUUUGUGUAAGAAAACCAUGGGAUCUGGCGGUGGCGGUUUAAUUCACGUCACGUGGGAAGAGUGGGGACCGACGGCGGCGAGAAAUCUCGUUUCCGAGGUUCAACGACUCGUCAAUUAUUGGCUUCUACACCACGGUUUUACGUGCGGUAUCAUCGAUACGAUUGCCGAUGACGGUACCAUGCGCACUAUUAACGAUACCAUCACCAAGGCGAAGAGUGAUGUUAAAGCGGUGAUCAAACUCGCACAAAACGGCGAGUUGGAAUCGCAACCGGGGAUGACGAUGCAGCAGUCGUUUGAACAAAAAGUGAACCAAAUCUUGAACAAGGCGAGAGACGAUGCCGGCACAGCCGCGCAAGUUUCUUUGAAGGAUUCAAAUAACGUUAAAAUGAUGGUGCAAGCCGGUUCUAAGGGUUCUUUCUUAAACAUUUCGCAGAUGUGCGCGUGCGUCGGUCAGCAAAACGUCGAAGGAAAACGUAUCCCGUACGGUUUCGUGGACAGAAGUUUACCGCAUUUUUCCAAGGAUGAUUUCGGUCCCGAGUCUCGAGGUUUCGUCGAAAACUCGUACUUAAGAGGGUUGACCCCUCAAGAAUUCUUCUUCCACGCCAUGGGUGGCCGCGAAGGUCUCAUCGAUACCGCGGUGAAAACCUCCGAAACCGGUUACAUUCAGAGACGUUUGGUCAAGGCGAUGGAAGACGUCAUCGUAAAAUACGACGGUACGGUUAGAAAUUCCGUCGGAGAUGUCAUUCAAUUUCUUUACGGGGAAGAUGGUAUGGACGCGACGGCUGUUGAAUCGCAAAAGGUUGACACGUUGCGUUUAUCCAACGCGCAGUUCGAGGCGAAGUUUCGCGUGGACCCGGACGUUCCGGGAUGGAACGACGGGUGGUUGAGCGACGAAAGAGCCGAGGCGAUUUCUCGCGAUCAAGAGAAAAGACAGUUAUUGGAUCUCGAGUGGGAAACGUUACUCUCAGAUCGAGACAAUUUGCGUUACACCUUAGCGAAUGGCGAUCCAGGCGUGCACUUGCCUGUGAAUUUGAAGAGAAUCAUCUGGAACGCGCAAAAAGAAUACGCCAACCCGAAAAAGUCAGACACCAAGGCGUUCAUGGAAAACGAGUUAGAUCCAGAUUACAUCAUCACGUGCGUCCGCGAUUUGCUUUCCAAACUCAUCGUCGUACCAGGUAAAGACGAGUUAUCGAUUGAAGCCCAGAGAAAUGCGACGAUUUUGUUUUACGCGCAAGUCAGAGCGUGCUUGGCAACGAAACGCGUCAUGAAGGAACACAAACUCGGCGUCUCUGCGUUUAACUGGGUCAUCGGUGAAAUCGAAUCCAGAUUUAAACAAGCGUUGGCACCACCGGGCGAUGGUAUUGGUACCGUAGCCGCGCAAUCCAUCGGGGAACCGGCGACGCAGAUGACUUUGAACACUUUUCACUUUGCGGGCGUUUCUGCCAAGAACGUCACCUUGGGUGUCCCUCGAUUAAAAGAAAUCAUCAACAUUGCCAAGUCAAUUAAGACGCCAUCUUUGACGAUUGCUUUACGGAAAGAUUUAGCCAGCGAUCGUGGUCACGCGAAGAAUGUACAAGCGACGUUAGAGUACACCACGUUAGCUUCCGUAGCUGCGAUGACUGAAAUUUGGUACGACCCUGACGUUCAAGAUACGGUGAUCCCAUUCGAUAAAGAGUUUGUGAAAUCCUAUUACGAAAUGCCGGACGAGGAAAUUGACCCGAACCGAAUCUCUCCGUGGUUGUUAAGAAUUGAAUUGAACCGAGAGAUGAUGGUCGAUAAGAAAUUGUCCAUGGCGGACGUCGCGGAGAGAAUCUCCGAGGAGUUCCAAGACGACAUUCACGUCAUUUUCAACGAUGAUAACAGCGAAAAGCUCAUUUUGCGCUUGCGGUUAAUUACGCCAGAAGGCAAAGCUGCCGAUGCGGACGAAGGUGUCAUUGAGGACGAAGUCUUCCUCAGACGUAUCGAAGCGCAGUUAUUAUCCACGCUCGCGUUGCGAGGUAUUCCGGACAUUAAGAAAGUGUUCAUCCGCGAGGCGAAUUCGACGCAACUCAACGAAGCCACGGGUACUUUUGAAAAGCACUCGGAGUGGAUGCUCGAUACGGAAGGGUGCAACUUGCUCGAAGUCAUGGCGCACCCAGACGUUGACUUUUCGAGAACAACCUCGAACCAUCUCGUGGAAGUGAUCACCAUCCUCGGUAUCGAAGCCGUACGAAACGCGUUGUUGAAAGAACUCAGAGGCGUCAUCGAAUUCGACGGUUCAUACGUCAACUACAGACAUUUGGCGAUUCUCGUCGAGGUAAUGACGUACAGAGGCCAUUUGAUGUCCAUCACUCGUCACGGUAUUAACCGCGCGGAAACUGGUCCGUUGAUGCGAUGUUCGUUUGAGGAAACCGUCGAUAUCCUCAUGGAAGCGGCGGCGUUUUCGGAGAGAGAUGGAAUGACUGGCGUGAGUGAAAACAUCAUGCUCGGCCAAUUCUGUCCAGUCGGUACGGGUGAAUUCGGUCUGCAUCUCAACGAAGAGAUGUUGAAAGACGCCAUUGACUUGGACUUGUUCGGGAAUCCGCAAGGUGCCGGUGCUGGCAUGACGAGCGCGACGCCGGGUAGAGAGAUGGUGAUGACCCCGGGUGGCGGCGUCGGCGCGAGAUCUCCGAGCUUCUUGAUCUCCCCGGCGCGUUCGCCAUUCGAUGCGAGCAUGGCGUUCUCGCCGGCGAAUUAUGAUUACGGUCAAGGUGGUGCAGGUGGUGCUGGUUUGCCUGGAUUCAGUCCGGGUGGUGCAGGGUAUUCUCCAACUAGUCCAGGGUACUCACCGACGAGCCCGGCGUAUUCGCCGACGAGCCCGGCGUACUCACCGACGAGCCCGGCGUACUCGCCGACGAGCCCGGCGUACUCACCGACGAGCCCGGCGUACUCACCGACGUCUCCGGCGUAUUCGCCGACGAGUCCAGCGUACUCGCCGACGAGCCCAGCGUAUUCACCGACGUCUCCGGCGUAUUCGCCGACGAGUCCAGCGUAUUCGCCGACAAGUCCAGCGUAUUCGCCGACGUCGCCGGCGUAUUCGCCAACGUCGCCGGCGUAUUCACCGACGAGUCCAGCGUACUCACCAACGUCGCCGGCGUACUCGCCAACGUCGCCGCAAUACUCGCCAACUGGAGGGACUUUAUCGCCGUCAGCUUCACCGACGUCGCCGAUUUACUCUCCGAGCGGACCGCAAUAUUCUCCGCAAGCGCCGAACAUGUCGCCGGAGCAAGACGAGGAGGACGAGGAAAAGUAA